CGGCACCAGACUCGUAACACAUGAAACUGAAACUAAAACUGAACUGCCCUUUUAUGAUAAUAAGCCACUUUUCGUAAUAUUUCGAGAAUGAUUCUCUUAGUGGGUGUUGAUUAAAAAUGUACGGUUGCGUAAAUACUGUAAAUUAUGCAUUUGUUAAUUGUGCGUUUUAUUUUCCUGCCACCUCGAGCGUAUUUCCUGCCCUUCGAUUGGCCACGAAACGGAGGUACGAUCGGCGCCCGUCGGAGCGCCGCUCGCUCGGCCGCCUCCCACUUCCAGUUGUCAGCGGGCAGAGCGGCAGCCAGCCGGAAGCGCUGGGAGUCAGCUGCAGGCUUUUUAAACAUUAAAAUUCAGCGAUCUGCGGCAUUGCAGCGCUGCUUUCUCCCCGCUUUCGGAGUAACUGAACGUUUCCGUACAUUUUCACUUUUGGAGGAGAAGGAACAUAAAGUGGGGGAAACGUGUUUUAACGUGGCAGAUCCUGAAUUGGAGCGCGUCGGGGUUUGCACUGGCCGCAGCUAGUUAUAAGGCGGACAGUUCAUUAUAAGGUGUAUCGCUGAGUGUGCGGCCAGAUUGAUCGGCAUGGCUUCGGCGAGCGGUAUCGUUGCCUCCAUCGCCAGCAAGACCAAGACCAAGAAGAAGCAUUUCGUGGCUCAGAAAGUGAAGCUCUUCCGUGCCAGCGACCCGCUACUCAGCGUCCUCAUGUGGGGAGUCAACCACUCGAUCAUCGAGCUGAGUCACAUCCAGAUCCCCAUCAUGCUCAUGCCAGAUGACUUCAAAGCCUACGCCAAGAUCAGGGUGGACAACCACCUCUUCAACAAGGAAAACAUGCCUAGUCACUUCAAAUUUAAGGAAUACUGUCCCCUCGUCUUCCGUAAUCUUAGAGAAAAGUUCCUGAUUGACGACCAAGAUUUUCAGAACGCCCUGACACGGAGCGCGCCCAUUCCCAGCGACGCCCAGGGCCGGAGCGGCGCUCGCUUCCACACCACGUACGACAAGCGGUACGUCAUCAAGGCCAUCACCAGCGAGGACGUGGCUGAGAUGCACAACAUCCUCAAGAAGUACCACCAGUUCAUUGUAGAGUGCCACGGCAACACGUUGCUACCCCAGUUCCUUGGCAUGUACCGCCUCACGGUUGAUGGGGAUGAGACCUACAUGAUCGUCACACGCAACGUGUUCAGCAGCCGACUGGGAGUCUACAAAAAAUAUGACUUGAAGGGUUCCACGGUUGCCAGAGAAGCAAGUGACAAGGAGAAGGCCAAAGAUCUCCCGACAUACAAAGACAAUGACUUCAUCAACGACGGACAGAAGGUGUACGUCGACGAAAACAGCAAGAAGAUGUUCUUGGAGAAGCUGAAAAGGGAUGUGGAGUUCCUGGCCCAGCUGAAGCUGAUGGACUACAGUCUCCUGGUGGGCAUCCAUGACAUAGAGCGGGCAGAACAGGAGGAGGUGGAGAUCGAGGACAACGAUGGGGAGGAGGAGGGGGAGAGCGACGGCGGGCUCGUCAGCACCCCCCCGGACAGCCCCAGCAACACCCUAGACAACAACAGGGUGUUCGGCACUGGGGAGUUCGACCCCAACAUCGACGUUUACGCGCUGAGGAGCCAUGAUAACGCCCCAAGGAAGGAGGUGUAUUUCAUGGGGAUCAUCGACAUCUUGACGCACUAUGACGCGAAGAAGAAGGCGGCGCAUGCGGCCAAGACGGUCAAGCACGGGGCAGGGGCUGAGAUCUCCACGGUCAACCCAGAGCAGUACUCCAAGAGAUUCUACGACUUCAUCACCACAAUCCUUUCGUAGCCUCGGCGAUGAGGGCAGGGUUGGGGGGGUGGGGCGGCUGGCCUGGGAUAUCUAGUAAAUGCACAAACAGUUCACCAGUUGGGGGAUUUUCUCUCUCGCCGACUUCAGUCGUCAUUUGUUUACAUUUUUUUUUUCUGGGAUUGGAAGCAGUAUUUGCCCCCCCCCCAUGUUGGUGUUCGUUCAUUAUUUUCUCCAGUAUCCCGGCUGUGUGUGAAUUCUGUUACGUUUGUUCUGCUUCAGCAGUGAAAUAAGAGAUUGGAGGGUGGUAGAGGAGGAGUGUAGGCAGGUACCAGGAUUUUUAGGGGGAACUGGACAGGGAAACAUAAUGUUGGUGACAUUGUAGUGGUCAGUAAGGAGGGGACCUCCGACCCGCAUAACCACGAUGUUCCUGUGAUGCUCUCCUCUCCUGCACUAGUGCUGUAAUAUCAAGCCAUGCUUACUGGGUGACAGUGUGUGGUCUCUGGUGGUGAAACGUCUACAAAAAAGUCCUUAACCCACUUCCAGUGGCUUCGCAUAGCUCCCGCUCGUUCCCGGUGGUCUGCGUCGCUGGGAUGACCAGAGGUCCCGCAGGCAGAAUCUGUAGCACUUUGGGAUAACUUGCUCUGGACCACUGUGAGAAAGAUGUUUACUCUGGUAGAAUCAAGACAGAAUACAUCUCUCUCUCUCUCUUUUGUACGCUAUGAUAAAUGGCAUUCAGCAAGAUGACUGAAUUUGUAGCCCUACCCCCACAAGACAGAGAAACUCUUUCUUCUGGUGUUACAGCAUGGAGCCCUCUUGCUCUCUGCAGACUGAAUGAACACUUUGCUUUUGUGUGUGUGUGUGUGUGUGUGUG